UCGACUCUUUCCACUUUCUUUUUUUUUUCCGUCUUCUGUAACUUUUCCUCGAUCUGGUAGAAACCCUAGAAACCACGGGAUCUACCUUCGAUCUCACCAUUCUACCCAUCACCUUCCUCUUCCCAGCUUUGGUUUCCGUAACCGUACCCUCAAUUGCCAUUUUCUCGAAUCAGAGAUUCAUCUCCGCGCCGGUGCUAAUCUGAGAUUUGUGUUUGCGGAUGGCUUCCAACGCUGGUAAGCCCUUCUGGGUGAAACACGCAGAAGACGCCAAAAUCAAGGACGACGGGGAGAAAGACGCCGCCGCCAAAGCCGCUUUCGACGCCACAUUCAAAGCCGCCGCCGAUCAACAACCCACGCCGUUGUUAAUCGAACCUUCUCCGUCGUCCACGGUAGUACCGGAACCAGCACAACCGGAGGAGGAAUCCGACAGCGAUUCUUCGGAUUCGGAAGAUGAAUUCGAUUACUUGUCGAGGAAACCGAUUGGUCCAUUGGAUCCGAGUAAGUCCACGGCUUCCGGAGCUGGGAUCGGUGGAGGAACUGCUUGUGUGCCGUCUACCUUUGUGGUUGUUACAAAGGACUCUGAUGGGAGGAAAGUUCCCAACGGUGGGGCUUUGAUUAGGGUUAAAGUGACGCCUGGUGUUGGUGUUGGUGGUGAAGAGCAAGAAGGUGUGGUUAAAGAUGUUGGAGACGGGAGUUAUGCUGUUACCUACGUUGUCCCCAAGAGAGGUAACUAUAUGGUCAGCGUUGACUGCAAUGGUGAUGCUAUUAUGGGUAGUCCUUUCCCUGUCUUCUUCAGCCAAGGAACUUAUUCUUCUUCUGCUUCUGCUGGAAUCAUUGGCUCUGCUCCAGCUUCAUACUCAAGCCUUACAAACCAAACAAUGCCGAACAUGCCGAACUACACUGGUUCGGUUUCGGGUGCUUUCCCGGGGCUCUUGGGGACGGUUCCAGGGAUUUCUCCUGGUCCUUCAGGUGGUGCUAUUUUGCCUGGGGUUGGAGCUUCGCUUGGGGAAGUGUGCCGGGAGUAUCUUUAUGGUAGAUGUGCUAACACGAUGUGCAAGUUGAGUCAUCCUCCGCAGAGUUUGCUCAUGACUGCUAUAGCUGCCACAACCAGCAUGAGUAAUCUAAGCCAGGUUCCUAUGACACCUUCCGCUGCAGCGAUGGCUGCUGCUCAGGCUAUUGUCGCCGCACAAACCCUUCAAGCUCAUGCUUCUCAGAUGCAAGCUCAAGCUUUAAACAAAGCCUCUUUAGGUUCCCCGAGAAAAGAAGUAAAGGGGGAAGAAUUGAAGAAAUAUGUCCAAGUUGGCAACCUGAGUCCACUGCUUACCACUGAGCAGCUUAAGCAGCUAUUUAGCUUCUGUGGCACAGUAGUUGACUGUACUAUAACUGAUUCAAAGCACGUUGCUUAUAUAGAGUACUCAAAGCCGGAAGAAGCAACCGCUGCGUUGGCAUUGAACAAUAUGGAAGUUUGCGGUAGGGCUUUGAAUGUUGAGAUUGCAAAAUCUCUUCCUCAGAAACCAUCUUUGGAUAACUCUUCUUCAUCCUCCGUACCAAUGAUGAUGCAACAGGCCGUGGCGAUGCAGCAGAUGCAGUUCCAGCAGGCUAUACUGAUGCAACAAGCCAUGGCUACUCAGCAGGCGGCGAAUAAGGCUGCCACUAUGAAGUCUGCCACCGAGCUUGCAGCAGCUAGAGCCGCAGAGAUAAGCAGGAAACUGAACCCUAAUGGAGUUGGGAAUGACGAAAAAGAAGCUGACCAGAAACCUAGGUCACCAUCUAAAUCUCCUGCCAGGUCUAGAUCGAAGUCAAAAUCACCAAUUAGUUACAGGCGAAGGCGGAGAUCUCGGUCUUACUCACCACCAUUUCGUCGCCCACGAAGUCAUAGAUCAAGAUCACCGUUGAGAUAUCACCGGCGAUCAACUUAUGAGGGGAGAAGGCGGUCAUAUAGAGAUUCUAGGGAUGUUUCUGAAAGUAGGAGAUACGGUAGAUCAGAUGAACACCAUUCAUCUAGUUCAAGGAGAAGUAGAAGUGUAAGCCCCCAAAAGAGAAAAUCAAAGCUGGUUGAUUCAGAGCUGUCAAGACAUGGACGAGAUAGCUCAUCUCGUGGGGAUAAGAAAUCAUCUCGUGCUGGUUCACGAUCACCAAGGCGACAUAAGGAAACUAAGUCAACCCCAAGAGAUGAUGACGAUACCAAAACCAAACGUAGAACACGUUCAAGAUCUAGAUCAGUGGAAGAUUCGGCAGAUAAGAAGGAUAAGGCUAGGUCAAGGUCAAGAUCUCGUGACGGUGGGAAAAGAACCAGAGACACAUCCCGAAGUUCUGAUGAUACUGAACGGAAACAGAGGGGGAGGUCUAGGGCUAAAUCAUUGGAAGUCAACAAUGGCUCUCAUGAGGAUAUUGAUGUUGCUGAAGGCAUGAAGGAGGAGAGGAGGGGAAGGUCUAGGUCUAGGUCUAGAUCAUUGGAAACUGAACACAGGUCUUCUAGGAGAAAUGAGCUGGAAGAAGAUAAAGACACAGGAUCUCGUAGAAGGAGGUCGAGGUCGAGAUCAGUUGACGGUAGUAAACGUAGUCAUACCAAGGAGACUCAGAGCAGGGAGAAAAAGUCCAAGCGUCGUAGUGGAAGAAGGUCGAGGUCAGUGUCGUCUGAGGGUAGGCAUGGGAGAGAGAGAAGGUCAUCCCCUGGAUACUUUGAUGAAAAGAAAUCAUCAUCAAGACGUAAGGGACACUCGAGGUCGAGAGAGAAGAGGGACAGUUCAAGAGAGAAAAGAUCAAAACGACAUGAAAGAUUGCGGUCAGCUUCUCCUGGAGGUUCUGAAUGAUCAUCAGCUGUUUAAAUAGCAGACUGGCCUUUUCUCCAGUUGAGACGCUCUUACUCUAUUUUAUUCUCAAUGCCACUUUCAAAUAAACUGUUUAAAACUUCUAAAAAAAUUGUUUCUGCUUCA